CUGCCGCUGCUGCUGCUGGCGGGCUGCGCCUGGCGGCCGGCGCGGGGCCAGGAGGCGCCUCAGACCCCGGACUGGCGGAUGACGCUGAAGACGAUCCGCAAUGGCGUGCACAAGAUCGACAUGUACCUGAACGCGGCCCUCGACCUGCUGGGCGGCGAGGACGGGCUCUGCCAGUACAAGUGCAGCGAUGGAUCAAGGCUUGUUCCUCGCGAUGGAUAUAAACCAUCACCACCAAAUGGCUGUGGAUCCCCUCUAUUUGGAGUUCAGUUUGACAUCGGCAUCCCUUCAAUGACAAGGUGCUGUAAUCACCAUGACAGAUGCUAUGAUACUUGUGGCAAUAAAAAAAAUGACUGUGAUGAGCAGUUUCAGACCUGCCUCUCAAAAAUUUGCAGAGAUGUGCAGAAAACGCUUGGAAUCUCAGAGAGUGUCCAGGCUUGUGAAUCAACUGUUCAGCUGCUGUUUGAUGCAGUUAUACAUUUAGGAUGCAAGCCAUACCUGGACAGCCAGAGAGCUGCUUGUGUGUGUCGUUACGAAGGCAAGACAGAUCUCUGAAAGAAGACACCGAGAUCUCAUGGUGUAGAGUAAAGCCAGAGAUUCAGCCAAAAUGAAGCAAGGCUUUGGUUACAAACCUUUAUGCUUUUCAGACAGUGAUAUAUUAAACACUGACAUGAAUUGACUGAUUUGAAGAUCACUACCAUAUUCUAAUUCAUGUAAAAAAGAAACAAGUCAUUCUUCUCUUCGUUUUAUGCCAGAAGCUUGGGAACUGAAAUUGCUUUCCUUUGGUGUAUGUCCACCUAGGGUGUGCUGUUGUAAAAUGCUGGUGCCAUUUUUUAAUGUUCCCAAGAAAACUCCAUAGUGGGGACAUCAGAGGCACCAAAGAGUAACAUUGAAUUCUCAGGUGAUUUUUAAUACAGGUCAAACCCUAGCUUUACUAGCAGCUGAAACAUCUGAUGGGUUCAACAGGAAAGAGUGUAUUAUGUGUACCAAUAUGAGACACCUUACAUAGCCUGUACUUGCCUGUUUCUGCUGCAAUUGCCUUCAGUUCUCUCUCACGUAGGUGGUCCUGCAGGUUUGUUGUUAAAAAACGAGGAAAAUUGCCCAAGCCAAUGUCCAUGCACUACAUAUUUCUACCUGAUUCAAUAUCAAUGCCUUACUUCUGCAGCACUUUUCAGAUCAAAUAUCCUUUUAAGGUCUGUACAGUAAAAUGAACAGUUUGCAGCCUAAGGAUAUACUUUUGAUUUAAGAGAAUGGUGAAAUGUAGUUUCUAUGUUAUUUUUUAAAAACUCAUCAAAUGCCUGUUUUUGGAUAAAACAUUUUGUGUUGUGUGUUGUAUGCACAGAAAGGAUAUAUGUACAAAUACGUUGAUUUAUAUUUCUAUUGUGGCACAACUUGGCUAUUGUAUUCAUCUUUGCUUUCAUUUAGUCUGUUCUGAUGAAAACUAAAAGCAAGUUCCACAGUUAAGAUCAGUGUGCCCAGAAAACUUAAGAUGCCCUCUAUGAGGCUGAUGGAUAUAUGAGCCUGUAUUUCUGUCACCUGUUCCCUCUCUGACUUGUCUAGCUGAACUCACCUGAUGUCUGAAUUAUGUGGGGUUUGAUCUCUGUACUCUCUGCAUUUGUUGCUUAUCUACAGGUGUCAGUCCUUAGUUAACUUCUGCAUUAGGUCCUCUGUUAGAUAAUGAUUUGCUUUCAUUAAAAAGCAAUUCUGCUUUAGAAUUCACAGGAGAGGAAUGAAAAUGAAAAUAUUGCAUUUAUGAACAGGUAAUAGAAACUAAAUGCAUAAAAUUCACUGGACUCAUGGACUAUAAUGUGAUACAAUUCUUUGUGUUUUUUCUUUACCAGUUGUGUUUUUGGUUUGUUUGUCACUAGAGGUUAGUGUACAUGACAGUGAAUGUAAGGGCCUCAUAAACAAAAAGUUUCUGCUAAACUUC